GGCUGUCGCGGCCGGUAAGUGUGUGGGUGCGCAGCUCGGUGCACGGACACCGCCGAGUCAGUGCCGUUCGCGCUGCCGGGCCGAGCCGAGCCGAGUCGGGCCCGGGCCGCGACGUGUGUGUGUGUGUGUGGAGGGGCCCAUCGCGUCGCUCGGGGCUCGCGGGGCCUCGCGGCCUCCCUCUCCUCCUCUGUCCAGCUCAGCCCGCCAUCAGGUGGUCUCAUGUCCGCCGCGGAGGAGCCCGCCAAGGGGCGCGGCCCUGGCCAGGGGGCCGAGCCGGGCGCGGGAGACGCAUCCCUGGAGGCGGCGCGGCCGCCCCCAGCCCAACCGCCCCUGGCUGUGUCCACGGCGGGCUGGAAGUCCGUGCUGUGCCAGAGCCAGGCGGCGGCCGGCCUCAUGUUCCAGACCCUGGUGCAGGGCAUGGCACAGGGCUGGUCCUCGGCCGGGGUGGACAAGCUGACGCACGGGCACGGGCCAUUCACGCCCUCGAGCACCGAGGUGUCCUUCAUCGUGUCCCUGUUUGAGCUCGGCCUGCUCGUCGGCUCCGUCGUCAGCCUGCCGGUGUUCGUGCACCUCGGCCGCCGACACACGCUGCGAGUGGGCGCGCUCUUCUUCCUCGUCAACCUGCUGCUCACCUACUUCGCCACGUCCGCCGGCUACCUGUACGCGGCGCGCCUCCUGUCGGGCGCCGGCAUGGGCGUCAACUUCACCUACUCGUCCAUCUACCUCGGGGAGGUGGCCACCCCGCUGAUGCGCGGUGUGCUCAUCCUCGUCAUGACGAUCCUCGCGCCCUCGGGCCAGCUGCUGUCGUUCCUGCUCGCCCCGCACCUCGACUACUGGCAGCUCCUGGCGACCCCGACGGCGCUGCUGGCAGUGUGCGUGCUGCUGCACUUCUUGUGGACGCCGGAGACGCCUUACUUCCUCAUGAUGCACGGCCGCUACGACGAGGCUAGGAAGGUGCUGCUGAGGGUCCGGCGUGGCCACGAACCCGCCCUCGUCCUCCAGGAGAUGGCCUCCAUCCGCGGCUCGGUGGAGCGGCAGCUGAGCGAGGCCCAGUCCUGGCGGCAGACGCUGUCGCCGCCGGGCGUGAAGCGGGCCGCGCUCAUCGUCAUGGUGCUGAGCGGGUCGCCGGCCCUGUUCGGCGUCACCACCGUGCUCUCCUUCACCAAGCACAUCUUCGACGAGGCCAAGACGCCACACGCGUGGCUCUCGUCUGAUCUGGUCAUCGGGGUCAAGAUCGUCAUGAUCUUCGCGGCCAUGUUCCUGGUGGAGCGGCUGGGCCGGCGAGUACAGCUCAGCGCCACGGCCUUCAUCAACUUCGUCGCCAUGCUGGCCAUGACGGCGUACUUCCUGUGCUCCCGCCUCGGCGUGGACGUGCUGCCCGCGCAGUGGGUGCCCCUCGCCGCCCUGAUCGUGUUCAUGGCGGCCACCGGAGCCGGCGUCAUCCCCGUGUCGCACAUCCUGCAGGGCGAGCUGCUCAGCCAGCCGGCAAAGAUGCUCGUGGCGCCCGCGGCCGCCGUGGUGCUCUCGCUCAGCUCGUUCGGCAUCCAGGUGUUCUUCAAAAUGGUGGGAGACUCGGCCGGCUACUACAUCCCGUUCGGCGUGUACGCCUGCACCAAUCUGUUCAUCGCGCUGUUCGCCCUGUUCGUGGUGCCCGAGACCCGCGGGAGGACCCUGGUCCAGGUCCAGGACGAGCUGCGGGCGCGCGCCCUCCGCCCUUCCUCUUCGCGGCGCAACCUCUUUGACACUGACUAGACACCAAACAUUCCAAAAAACUCUCAGGGACAAAAAUACCGACUGAAAACCUCUAUUGUUUUACAACUAUUGAAUUAAAUUGUUGCACACAAA